AUGGAAUACAAGCCCGCCAUCAUGAGUGCGUCCCUGGGACGCGCUUGGCUGCACGACCUUGACUACAAAAUCGAGCAAGCCGCGAAAGCGGGGUUCACAGGCAUUGAAGUCUUUUACGAAGAUCUGGAUUAUGCUGCUCGCAAGCUCUCAGGAAACGAUUCUCCGACAUCCAAGCACAUUCUACAAGCAGCAGAAAAUGUCCAUUCGAUUUGUCAAGUCCAAGGCCUUGAGAUCAUCGGUCUUCAGCCAUUCCUUUUCUAUGAAGGUCUUAAGGACCGAGAUCAACAUGCACGUUUGAUCGAAAAAAUGCAAUUUUGGUUCAAAAUAGCCAAGAGUCUUGGUACCAAUACUAUUCAAAUUCCAGCCAAUUUUCUUCCGGCGGAGCAAUUAACAGGUGAUCGAGAGGUGAUUGCCGCCGACCUGCGCCAAGUUGCGGAUAUGGGCGCGGCUGAAAAUCCUUCAAUUCGAUUUGCCUACGAAAAUCUUUGCUGGAGUACCCAUAUCGAUACUUGGGAGAAAGCAUGGGAUGUGGUCGAACUUGUGGAUCGACCUAAUUUCGGCAUGUGUCUCGAUACUUUCAAUAUCGCUGGGCUUGAAUGGGCAGAUCCUGCGUUGCCGACGGGCAAAACGCCAAAUGCGGACGAGAAUUUGAAACUUUCCUUGGAGAAGCUCGUGAAAAAGGUUGACGUCUCAAAAGUCUUCUAUAUCCAAGUAGUUGACGCCGAGCGUAUGGAAUCACCCUUAGUGGCAGGUCAUCCGUUCCACGUUGAUGGCCAACCGGCACGAAUGAGCUGGUCGCGGAACGCUAGAACCUUCAUGUACGAGGAGGAAAGAGGCGCGUACUUGCCUGCGGAGGACGUGGCUAUCGCAAUCAUAUCGGGUCUUGGGUAUAGCGGUUAUGUGUCUAUGGAAUUGUUUUCGAGGACAAUGGCGGAAGAAGGGAAACAUGUACCGGAUCAACAUGCGGCAAGGGGUAUUCGGGCUUGGAAGAAGUUCCAAGAGAUACUAGACUUGAAAUAG